CAUACACAGAUAUGGCCGCAGCAGCAGCAGAAGGAAGAGAAGUGAAGGUGCUAGGGGCGUGGGCGAGCCCAUUUGUGAUCAGGGUUCGCAUUGCUCUCAACGUUAAGUCCGUGGAUUACGAAUUUCUAGAGGAGAUCAAAAUGGGGGUCAAAUCGGAACUUUUGCUGAAAUCGAACCCGGUCCACAAGAAGGUCCCUGUUCUCCUCCAUGCAGACAAGCCGAUCUCUGAGUCUCUCGUCAUUGUUCAGUACGUUGACGACGUCUGGAACUCAUCCGGUCCGGCCAUUCUCCCUUCUGAUCCUUAUGAUCGCGCCAUUGCCAGGUUUUGGGCCGCUUACAUUGACGACAAGUGGUUCCCAUCAUUGAAUGGAAUAGCGAUGGCGCAAGAUGAUGAGGGGAAGAAGGCAGCUUUUGAGCAAGUGUUGAAUGGGGUUGUUUUGUUGGAAGGGGCAUUCAUUGAGACCAACAAAGGAUCUGGAGAUUUUUUCGGCGGUGAGAAGAUUGGGUACAUUGACAUUGCUUUGGGAUGCUUCUUGGCGUGGAUAAGGGUCACUGAGAAGUUGUUCGGAGUUAAGGUUUUCGAUGAGGCUAAGGUGCCCAAUUUAAGCAACUGGGCGGAGAAGUUUGGGUCUCAUCCGGCGGUGAAGGACGUCUUGCCGGAGACAGAGAAGCUGGCGGAGUUUGCUAAAUUAUUGUUUGCAAAGUUGAACGCACCACCACCAUCCACUCAGAAUUAAGAAACUGA